GCAGAAAAUGACAAGCAAAGUUUUGGAUUCAUCGCUUGAUUUUCACGAGAUAAAAGUCUUAAAGGUGUAGCUCUCUCCGUCCCAAGAGAAUGUGCAAAGGGAGGGAAAAUAAGCUGCGUGGGUGAGGGGUGGCAGGGCAGAACCGAGGAAUAGAGGAGGAGAGGCGUGAGCCAGUCUCCGGCAGGAGGGCGUGGAUCCCGGCGCCAGCCAGAACAGGUCCAGCCUUCUCGCGACCGGUGCCAACAGCGGGAGGGGACAGCCGGGAUCUACGUGGGCAGACCCGGUGCGGAUCAGCGGGUACAGCGCGGCAAGAAACUCCAGGAUCUGCUCAGAGCCGCUGGACCCUGCCGCUCCCUCUCCCCACUUCAAGCCAGCUUGGGGAGAAGUUUCCCGGAGGAAGAUACCGGACCUAUUGGGUGCUGGAGGCGGCUCAGAAAAUCAUCUGAAGGACACCAGCCUGGAUGGUUCUGUAAGUGUGGAGUGCUCUGGACACGAUUACAAGUCUGUUGGCCGCUUGGCAUCAGGUGCUUUCAGAGGGCAGCCCAAGCAGGUUGUUAAAAUUUUCUUCAGCUUUAAAUGAAAAGUAGGAGGAGACAGUAAGAUUUUCAAUCUUUCUGGGUUGUUUACUUCCUGAAGAGCAAUGGCGAAACUUUUGAAUGGAAAAAGGUUAAUCCUGUCACUAAUUUUCCUUUUGUUAAAAUUGUCAUCAGCAAUUGAAAUCCCACUCUCAGUUCAACAGGUUCCAACAAUCAUAAAACAGUCAAAAGUGCAAGUUGCCUUUCCCUUUGACGAGUAUUUUCAAAUUGAAUGUGAAGCUAAAGGAAAUCCAGAGCCAGUAUAUUCUUGGACUAAGGAUGAUAAGCCUUUCGAUCUUUCUGAUGCUCCGAUAAUUGCAUCUAAUAAUUCAGGAACAUUCAAGAUUCCAAACGAGGGGCACAUAUCCCACUUUCAAGGGAAAUAUCGCUGUUUUGCUUCUAAUAAGCUAGGAGUCGCUAUGUCAGAAGAAAUAGAAUUUAUAGUUCCAAGUGUUCCAAAAUUCCCAAAGGAAAAAAUUGAGCCUCUGGAUGUAGAAGAAGGCGAUCCCAUCGUUCUUCAAUGCAACCCUCCCAAAGGCCUCCCACCUCUGCACAUUUACUGGAUGAAUAUAGAAUUAGAACACAUAGAACAAGAUAAAAGAGUAUACAUGAGCCAAAAAGGAGACCUGUACUUCGCAAAUGUGGAAGAAAAAGACAGUCGGAAUGAUUACUGCUGCUUCGCUGCCUUUCCAAAAUUAAGGACGAUUGUACAAAAAAUGCCAAUGAAACUAACAGUGAACAGUUUAAAGCAUGCUAAUGACUCAAGUUCAUCCACAGAAAUUAGUUCCAAGGCAAAUUCAAUCAAGCAGAGGAAACCUCGGCUGCUACUGCCCCCGCCCGAGGCAGGCAGCGAGUCCGCUGUUGUCAUCCUUAAAGGGGAGACUCUGACGCUGGAGUGCUUCGCGGAGGGCCUGCCAACUCCACAGGUUGAAUGGAACAAAUUGGGGGGCGAUUUACCAAAAAGAAGUGAAACAAAAGAAAAUCAUGGCAACACAUUGAAGAUAGAAAAUAUCUCCUACCGGGACAAAGGAAAUUAUCGCUGUAUAGCCAGCAAUGUCUUGGGAAUAGCCAGUCAUGAUUUUCAUGUCAUAGUGGAAGAGCCUCCUCGCUGGACAAAGAAACCCGAGAGUGGCGUGUACAGCACGGGGAGCAGCGGCAUCUUGUUGUGUGAGGCUGAAGGGGAGCCGCAACCCACAAUCACGUGGAGAAUCAAUGGUUUCCCCAUUGACAAUCAUCUGUUUGCAGGUGAUGUUGUCUUCCCCAGUGAAAUUAGUUUUACCAAUAUCCACCCAAAUCACACUGCUGUGUACCAGUGUGAAGCCUCAAAUGUUCAUGGAACGAUCCUGGCCAAUGCCAACAUUGAUGUUGUAGAUGUUAUUCCAUUGAUACAAACGAAAGAUGAAGAAAAUUAUGCUACAGUGAUUGGUUACAGUGCUUUUCUACAUUGCGAAUACUUUGCUUCACCAGAGGCGGUCGUGACUUGGCAGAGAAUGGAUGAAGCACAACCCCUUGAAGGCAGGCGGUACCGUAUCCAUGAAAAUGGUACACUACAGAUCAUUGGAACCACUGAAGAAGAUGCAGGGUCAUACUCUUGUUGGGUAGAAAAUGCUAUUGGAAAAACUGCAGUCAUCGCCAAUUUGGAUAUUAGAAAUGCUACAAAACUUAGAGUUUCUCCUAAGAAUCCUCGGGUUCCCAAAUCACACGUGCUCGAGCUAUAUUGUGAGAGCAAAUGUGACUCACAUUUGAAACAUGGCCUGAAGCUGUCCUGGAGUAAAGAUGGAGAGGACUUUGAAAUUAAUGGUACCGAGGACGGCAGGAUAGUUAUCGAUGGAGCCAAUCUGACCAUUUCUAAUGUGACCUUAGAGGAUCAAGGCAUUUACUCCUGCUUGGCGCAGACUGCACUUGAUGGCGUUGCUGAUGUAACUCAAGUAACUGUCCUCGAUGUUCCAGAUCCACCAGAAAACCUUCACUUGUCUGAAAGACAGAACAGGAGUGUUCGGCUGUCCUGGAAAGCUGGAGAUGACCACAAUAGCAAUAUUAGUGAGUAUAUUGUAGAAUUUGAAGGAAAUAGAGAAGAACCUGGAAAGUGGGAGGAACUGACUAGAGUCCAAGGAAAGGAGACAACAGUCUUGUUGGGGUUAGCUCCUUAUGUGAGAUACCAGUUCCGGGUCACAGCUGUGAACGAAGUAGGGCAGAGCCACCCUAGCCAGCCCUCGGACCACCAUGAAACACCACCAGCAGCUCCAGACAAGAAUCCACAAAACAUAAGGGUCCAAGCUUCUCAACCCAAGGAAAUGAUUAUAAAAUGGGAGCCUUUGAAACCCAUGGAACAGAAUGGGCCAGGGCUGGAGUACAGAGUGAGCUGGAAGCCACAAGGAGCCCCAGUGGAGUGGGAAGAGGAAACGGUUACAAACCACAGCUUGCGGGUUAUGACGCCCAGUGUCUAUGCUCCUUAUGAUGUCCAAGUGCAAGCCAUCAAUCAGCUUGGCUCUGGGCCUGAGCCUCAAUCAGUGGUUCUCUACUCUGGAGAAGACUAUCCUGAUACUGCUCCAAUGGUCCAUAGUGUGGAGAUCAUAAACAGUACAUUAGUUAAAGUUACCUGGUCAACAAUUCCAAAGGACAGAGUCCAUGGACACCUGAAAGGAUAUCAGAUAAAUUGGUGGAAAACAAAAAGUCUGUUGGAUGGAAGAACACAUCCCAAAGAAGUAAACAUUCUGAGGUUUUCAGGACAAAGAAACUAUGGGAUGGUUCCUUCUCUAGAUGCUUUUAGUGAAUUUCACUUAACAGUCUUAGCCUACAAUUCAAAAGGAGCUGGUCCAGAAAGUGAACCUUAUGUAUUUCAAACACCAGAAGGAGUACCUGAACAGCCAGCUUUGCUCAAGGUCAUCAAAGUUGAUAAAGACACUGCCACUUUAUCCUGGGAACGACCUACAAAACUAAAUGGAAACUUAACUGGAUAUCUAUUACAAUAUCAGAUAAUAAAUGACACAGAUGAGAUUGGAGAAUUAAAUGAUAUCAAUAUUACAACUCCGUCAAAGUCCAGCUGGCAUCUCUCAAAUCUCAGUGCAACUACCAAGUACAAGUUCUACUUGAGGGCUUGUACUUCAAAAGGCUGUGGGAAACCAGUCACUGAGGAAAGUGCCACCUUAGGAGAAGGGAGUAAAGGUAUCAGGAAGAUAUCAGAAGGAGUAAAUCUUACUCAAAAGAUUCACCCAGUAGAGGUAUUUGAGCCGGGAGCGGAACAUAUAGUUCGCCUAAUGACUAAGAAUUGGGGUGAUAACGAUAGCAUUUUUCAAGAUGUAAUUGAGACAAGAGGGAGAGAGUAUGCUGGUUUAUAUGAUGACAUCUCCACUCAAGGCUGGUUUAUUGGACUGAUGUGCGCCAUUGCACUUCUUACACUAAUAUUGUUAACUGUUUGCUUUGUGAAGAGGAACAAAGGAGGAAAGUAUUCAGUAAAAGAAAAGGAAGAUUUACACCCAGAUCCAGAAAUUCAAUCAGCUAAAGAUGAAACAUUUGGUGAAUACAGUGAUAGUGAUGAAAAACCUCUCAAAGGAAGUCUUCGCUCCCUCCAUAGGGAUAUGCAGCCUACAGAAAGUGCUGACAGCUUAGUCCAAUACGGGGAGGGAGACCAUGGGCUUUUCAAUGAAGAUGGAUCAUUUAUUGGCGCUUACGCUGGAUCGAAGGAGAAGGGAUCUGUUGAAAGCAAUGGAAGUUCUACAGCAACAUUUCCACUCCGGGCAUAAACACAACACAUGCACAUAACAUUGAUGGCUCACUCCCACUUUUCAUAUUUAUCUGUUCAAAGGAGCAAGAACUUUCAUAUAGGAAUAGAAACGUGUUGGAAGAAUGUAUCCAGAAUGUGAUAUCCUGAAAUUAUGUGGACAGUAGCACUGCCCUCAAAAACUAAAACAGCAACCAUAUCCAGCCUACGUUUUGUUUUUGUUUUCAGGUGCUGCAAAUGCAGAAUAUAAAACAAAUCCUGUAUUUAGACACACUUCCUCUAAAUCCAAAGCACUCAUUUGGCGUAUUCUGUAUCUGCCUGAUGUUACUACACAGUGGGUUUGCGUAGAUGUUGCCGUGCUGUGGGUUUAUCUCUGUAUGCACAUUUGUAUUCAGUCUCUGAACUGUCUGAGUGACUUUGCUUCACCACAGGUUAAAAGAUUGUAAGCAAACUGGUUAUUUAAAAUGUAAAAAGGAAUGUGAAUGUCUUAUUAAAACAGUGCAUUGAAUAUAUACAGUCUAAAUUUAUUAUUUAAUUUUUUGUAGCAAAAGUCUUAGGCAAGCAUUCCACAAGUAUUUAUUGAGCUUCUAAUUGCCCAGAGAUAUUAAGGUUUAAACAAUUACAGCUUUUUAAAUUUCAGCAGGAAUUUUUAAUUUUCAUCAGUUAUGACAUCCACAACAGACUUCUUUGUUUCUUUGACUAACGCAAGCUGCAAAGGGAGUGUUGGGCAAAACGUUAUUUUGUGAAGGACAGGAAUAAGGUGCCAAUGGUCGGAUUCUAAUCGGUUUGUCCCUUUAAUAUCUUCCUUUCUAAAUUCACUGCUUUUAUUUCUUUGUAUGUUUAUAUGAUGGUAUGCUUGCAUAUAUUUCAUGAAUGCAUUGUACAUAUGAUGUUCAUAUUUACACAAUUUUAAAAUAUAGAUGUGUUUUAUUUUGAAGUGUGAGGAUAGGCAUGACUGUACAGCUGAAGUUAAUCAUUCCAUGGUUUCAAACAAUAACAUAAGGUUACAAACCUGAAGGCUGUAUAAAGCAUUUGGAUUUUGUUCUUAUAUUGCUUUUAUUAAACAAUAGCAAAAUAAAAUAUCAUAUAAAUAUUGAGGGAAAUGUUUUCAUAUUUUUCAAAAUAAGUUUUUGUUAUUGAAUGUAUCCCUACCCCAGCCAUAAUAAAGGAAUGUGUUUCUAAUAGCAAUUCCUAUGGAUAUGUUUGUCUCUAUCACACUUUAAAUGUAUUUAUGGUAAAUGUCUUUUGUUUUCUAUGUUUUCCUUGUGUAAAAGUUGGUAUAAAUUCAGGGAAUUUAUUUCCUGGCAUGUGAGCUACUAAUGCUUUUAAAAUGGCAAAUGAGAAUAUUUUAGAAAUGGUAUAAAGAACUGUGCAUAUAUAUCAGUAAAAUUAGUAUUUAACUUCUCACUUUAUGGAAACAGUUUUUAACCUUACCCUGAAACUAUUAAUUAUGCUUAUGAAAUUGAUUCACAGAUCUUACUUUAGUCUUUGAACUGUAAUUAAUGAUGUAUAUUGUUAAACCCUCAACUUUGAUUUAUGUGAUCCAUUAUAUCUCUUGGGGACCAAACUUGGGGACAUUUAUAAUGGUCCACGUAGUAAUGCACAUAGGAUAUCUAGUUGUCCUUUUGAACUUUAUGUAUCCUCUAAGAUGCAUAGGCAGCAAAAGUAUGUCUUAUUCCAAAACACACUUCAUGGGCUCAUAGUUUGCCUACCCUCCAGUAAGUAAAGAGUCCUUCACCUGCAUGAGUGUAAGGAUCCAUGCCUGCGUCAGUGCAAUUUGAACUCCAUCUCCAUCUGAUUUCUGACACAGAUUUUCCGGAAGAAGAAUUGUCACAUGUUGAUAUAUCUGGGAGUAAUUUGUGAUUGUCAGCUACUGAAGAGGUGAAGGUGAGGGCUUUCAGGUUUAAUUUUGCUAUCAUUCUACUUCCUCAUCUUUGUCACAGCCAAAAAAUGAUCUUAAGAAGGUCAUGCAAGCUAGAAAUCAUUUCUAAAAACUAGAUUGUAUAUUCUUUAUAAAUUUAAUCAUUUCUAAGUUAGAAGUUAACACAAUCACUGAAAUGUUUGAUCUUUGUAAACUUCAAUGUUCUCCUUUAGCUGCCUGGGAAGCAAGGGUAUUGUAGUCAUAGCUACAGGGUAGUCAAAACUUAUGAACAUAAAAAAAUGAGGCUAAAUUACAACUAACUUUUGCUAUUAUUCUUUGGUCUCUUUCCUCAAUACUACUUAACUUCUCUUGAGAAUCUUCAGCACAGCAGGAAUAGUCCAUGGCUUCUUUUUUAUUUUAAUUGUGAAAUUAUGUUACUUGUGUAUUUUAUAAAAAAAUCCAAGUAGUUUGAGAUGAAUUUUAUUAUUUCCACUUAAGAAAUAAGAAACAAAAUCUAUGGUGUUCAAUGAAUAUAAAUGGGCAAGAAUUAUUUGCAAAAUCCCACUGAGUGAUAAACAGUAGCAAAUUUUCAGAACCUUUUUUUUUCUUAACCAGCUUUGCAAUAACGUUCUGGAGCCUACUCCAUAUGUUAUUUAUUGUCAUAGAUUGUAUGUAACUUCAAGGACUGUGGACGGGGAUCAGUUCAUGCAAGAUGGUCUAUGGGUCAGGAAAGUCCAAGUUCUCUUCCUGGUUCCAGCACUGAAGUUUGUACAUAAACCUUAGGGACGUUGCUUAACAACUUUGCUUCAAACUCUCUCAUCUAUAAAGUGCUUAUAAAUCUUUGUCACAGGGUGUUCUUUUUUAUGAAGAAAAAUUUGCAAAUGAUAAAACUAAGAUGCCUUCUAACUUCAUAAACAAAUCUGUAAUUGAAUUAUGUAUCUAAACUCACCCCCACACACCAACCUAACCUUUUGCCUGUGAGCACAUAAGUAUAUUUUUAUAGAAAAACAUCUACAGAAAAAAAAUUAAAUCUACUGUUCGCUGAGCAGUAUGAUUUGCACAUGCCACUGAAAAUAAUCAAAAGAAAAUGAAGCAGGGUCUUUGCUAUACAAAAGUGUUUUCCACUCAUUUUGCAUGCAUAUUUAUAAGAGAAUGUGAAUUUGGUGAAUUUAUUCUAUUGGUAGAAAGGCAUCUGAUAUUUUAGAUGUAUCCAUAUUUAUAAAAAUGUAGAGCACAAUGGAAUUAUGCUGGAAGUCUCGAAUAAUAUUUUUUCCUAUUUUAUACUCAUGGAAGAGAUAAGCUGAAGAGAGGAGGACAAUAAUGAGAAAUGUUGGUGUGUUUUCUAAGCAAUUAAACAUAAUUGCCAAUUUAAAUCUUAAAAUGUUUACAUGCCAUUAUGAUACAAUUCUUGUCGAAUUUUACUUUGGUUCUAAUAGGCUUGGGUUUGUAAUGGGAUUGUGGUAGUAUGUAGCCUAGUGUUCGUAUAGUGAAAUUAGUAGGGUUGAGCCACAGCUUACUUUGUUUUGUAUCCUAAACUGUUUUAUUACAUCAUCAAAAGUGGUAAAAUACAGCAGGUUCACCUGAUUACCUUUUUUAUUCACUUAGAGUAAUAUUCAUAGUAGAACUUUAUUAAAUGUGUUUGUAUUGAAAGUGGUGUUUGUAUUAUGUUUAUGAAUAUGUAUCAUUGAAAAAUAUUUUCAUUACACAUGAAAUUCAGCUUUCCAAAUAAAAGUUCAACUUCAUGUACUCUAAAAA